UAAGUGGGGAAAGCAGCUGUACAGUAACAGCCAGUAUUGGUGUAUGACUUUAGAUUUGUUUGUACACUCACCGCAUGAUUUCUCUAGGCCUGCGGCUCGAUCAUUUUUGCGUUUUAUGUUAUUUUUUCUCCAUGUUUGCUCGAGCAGGAUGUCUUUCCAGGGUGGCUUGGACCGGCUGCCGAAGAAUGGGAAAUUUAACAUCAUCUGCAACUGCAGGUCUGUCCGGCACAUCAUGUGUACGAUAUGUUCAGGAGGUGGUGUCUCAGAACUGCGUUGUGAUAUUUUCCAAGACCACCUGUCCUUACUGCAAAAUGGCCAAGAAUGUCUUCAAUGAAAUUGGGGCAACCUACAAAGUGGUUGAGCUGGACGAGCACAAUGAUGGGAGGAGACUGCAAGAGGCCUUAGCUCAGAUGACUGGUGCCAGGACGGUGCCAAGAGUCUUCAUUAACGGAAACUGCAUAGGGGGCGGCUCGGACACUAAACAGCUCCAUCAGCAGGGGAGGUUGGUGCCCCUGAUUGAACAGUGCGCCCCAUGCUGUGCUGGGAGCGGCUCUGAAGGCUCAGCCAGCGGACAGUUCGAGACCGCUAAAUGACUAACCGUUCUUGCCAUUUUAUUCAAUCCUUUAUUUAUCAAAUCUGUGCAUGAUCUUGUGUUACAAGUUUUACAAUGCUGGAGUCUGACUAUGUUUUUUAUUUAUCACAGCGUGUUGGGUACAUGAUGUUAGGUUCAACAGGUUUACCAUUGUUGUACAGAAUUGUUCUUAAAGUUUCUCUCUUUUAAACAAAACGUGAACAAUGAAGCUGCUUCUCAUAAACACUUUUUAAAUGGUUUUUGUUUAACAGUAUUAUUGUCAUUUAGAAGCAUGAUGUCGUAUAGCAAUGAUCAUUGAACAUCAUUGAUCAUGACGUAUAAACUGUUUAUUCAAUGCUCAUAUUGUGAAGCUGAAUUUUACCACAAGGCUUCAUGUCCUAUAAGAGUAAAAGUUCUGAAGAUUUUUCAAUGAUAAGCACAUUUUAUGGUGCUAUCAGAAUGUACCUCAGAUUUUAUCAGUAACUGAAUUUGCAUUUAUUUUACAUAACAUAGUCUGUUAUAAAGGUUAUUUUGAAUCAUGAUGCUGAUCAGUGUUAUGAAUUCAUGUAUGAACUGGUGUAUGUAUAAAGCCACAAACACUCUUGAGUGUUUUCUUAAUGCCCCGAAUGUGUAUUUACUACUAUUAUUAAAUAUGAAUGAUCCCUAUGAA